AUGAGGAUUGCUACGCUUCAAUUCGCCCCGAAGCUGGGCGAUGUCAAGGGCAACAUCGAGAAAGCCAAUGCAUUGCUGAAGAAAGGCAAGACCAUCUCUGUAGAUGGCGAGCAACUUGGACUCGGCCUGGGUGUAAACAUUUUGAAGCCUGAUGUUCUGGUGCUGCCCGAAAUGGCAUUAACAGGAUACAAUUUCCCUUCACUAGAAGCAAUUACGCCAUACCUUGAAAUAUAUGGCGAGGGUCCAUCUUCUUCGUGGGCGCGUGAAACCGCCAAACGCCUGCAAUGCACCGUGUGCGUGGGAUAUCCUGAGAUCGAAAAAGAUCCUCAAAAUCCCGACCAAAAGACCUGCUAUAAUGCCCUUCUUGUGGUGGACAAGAAUGGUGAUUUUAUCCAUAACUACCGCAAGAGCUUUUUGUACAUGUGCGACGAGCCGUGGGCGGCCGAAGGAGAUGUCGAGCGAAGUUUCCAUGAGCUCAAAUUCUCCCAAGCAAAGUCACCUUCCUCAGAUACAAGUCAUCUGGUUCCCGAAACGAAGGGAAAACAGGUUGCGACUUCAUUUGGUAUCUGCAUGGAUAUCAACCCAUACAAGUUCGAGGCGCCAUUCGACAAAUGGGAAUUUGCAACACGGGUCCUAGACUCCAAGUCCCAACUCGUUAUCUUGUCUAUGGCGUGGACCAGCAUGAUGAGCCCCGAAGAACUCGAGGAGUUGAAAGACAAGCCUGAUAUGGACAAUUUCAACUAUUGGCUGCAGCGGUUCUGGCCCCUGAUAAAGCAAAAAAUGCAACAUAGAGUGGACCUGGAUGGCGGAGAGGCGCCGGAUUCCCCAAAGAGGAUCAUCAUUGUCUUUGCAAACCGGUCGGGGGAGGAUCCACCAGCAGACGAGACCAAGCCACCGGUGCAAUAUGUGGGGUCUAGCACUAUCCUCGCCAUUACGCAACGGCCGGAGAAAGAUGCAGAUGUAGGGUCAGGUGCCUCAGAAAGUGAGACAGAUGAUGACCUCCCAUUCGACGUGAAGAUACAGUGCUGGGACAUGCUAGGCGCGAGGGAGGAAGGUAUUUGUUUCGCGGAUACUACGGUAGAUCCCAAAAUGGUCUUUGCCUUGAAGCGGACAUCCGAAUAA